AUGUCGGUCCAAUCUGAGUUAGGUACAAGUGUAUCCAUGACAUUGAAUGAAGAUAGUGACAACACUGUUGUUAAAGCGCUUUUCACUGCGGAACCUAGUUCAAACCCUAGCGUAUACAGUAGUGUUACUCAAGCCCAGUCGGACCACGAGUUAGAAGAAUAUAAUAGACUCACUACCAUGUAUAGAGACUACCCUUCUGCAUUGUUUACGCCACAGUUGCUAAAGACUUACGCUUCCUGUGAAGCUAAGCUUGAACAGAGCAGACAAGUGCUGUUCUGUAAUGCAAGGGAAUGUGACGACUUUCCAUACGGACUACAAGCUGAACUUAAACGUCGAGUUUCUACACGAAGGGGGGACCCCCUCUGUGUCAAACUUGCGAAUGAUAUCCAUGUAUUGCUGUCCGUUCUUGAAGGAGAUGAUAUGCAAGCUAUGAAAGACUUGAUAAGUACCGGUCGCCAAGGGCGGUCACUGAGUCAAACCCCGGCUCGUUCCAUAGACCCCUCUACGCAUCAGGUACCUAAACCUAAUACCCAGUGUGAUUGUAGAAAAGAACUGUCCUUGUUAAAAGACACAAUAUCGUCGCAAAUAAAUUUUAAUAUUUUUCAGGUUGAUAAGUUCCAUGAAUAUGUGAAGCCAGUUGUUAAUCCUCAGCUGACAGCGUUUUGUACCAAACUUACAGGUAUUACUCAGGAAAAGGUUGACAAAGCCGAUUUAUUUCCAGAGGUGUUAGGGAGGGUAGAAACAUGGCUACAGGACCGUCAGCUUGGUGUUGAAAAGUCAUACGCUGUAUUAACAGAUGGACCUUGGGACAUGUUUCGGUUUAUGUAUUACCAAUGUAAGGAAAGUGAUAUUGAAAUGCCUUUGUGGUCAAAGAAAUGGGUGAACAUCAGGAAAUCUUACUGUAACUUUUACCACUGUGGCAGAGGUGGUAUAGAGAUUAUGCUGAAAAAUUUAGGGAUGAAAUUUGAAGGAUCACCGCACAGCGGAAUAGACGACUCUAUCAAUAUUGCAAGAAUUGCCAUAAAAAUGUUAAGUGAUGGUUGUAGCCUGAACGUAAAUGAACAUAUUCAAAUUAAAUAUCACCCACAUGACUCAGGGGGUGCUGUAAGGUAUGAACCUUAUAAGGAAGAAAGUGUUUAUGAUUCUGAGGAGGAAGAGGAACAACGGAAGAAAAAGUCAGAAAAAAGACGGGAAAGUUCGGAAAAAGACCCAAAUGACACGGUUGUAAAUGAAAUUGAAAAUUUGACACUGAAUGAAGCGAAAAACGGAGAAGACGAAGAUUUUGAUGAUUUGUUAACGUAUUACAAGUUACAGAAAUCUUGAUGUCUUUUUAAAUGGCAUGUUGUCUAUGCAUUUCAGAGAGCAAUAUGAAAUUUCUUCUCUCUCAUUUCAGCCUUUUCAAGAUAAUAAAAUUAUCAUAAAAGGAGAAAA